GCCCCGGUAGUCGAGGUUCACCAAAACCAUAGAAUGCAAGCUGACGACCCCGCCCGCCUGCUUCGCGAUGUGGUGAAUGACUUAAUAGCACCUGAACUCGAUGUCGCAAACGUCGACGUGUCGGGCAAGCGGGUGCUGCUGCGCGUGGACUUCAACGUCCCCGUGGACGAAGCGACUGGCGCAGUGACGGACGCCUCCCGCAUCACCGCCGUGCUGCCCACCAUCCGCCUGCUGGCCAGCCGCGGCGCCCGACUGAUCCUGGCCUCCCACUUCGGCCGGCCGGAGCCUAAGAAGCAAUCCCGGGCUCAGAUGGAAGCCGCCUUCAGCCUGGCGCCCGUGGCCGCCUGGCUAGAGCGGGAGCUCAACGGCAGUAGCAGCAGCGUCCCGGGCGGCGGCUCAAACGGCAGCAGCAGCGACGCCAAAAAUAACCAUGCCAACGGCGACGGCAGUAGCAGUAGCAGCAAGUUGUUUGUGGGUCUGGCGGGCGACUGCAUUGGGCCGGAGGCGGAGGCGGCAGUGGCGGCGCUACAGCCGGGCCAGGUGCUGCUGCUGCAGAACACGCGCUUCCACGCGGGGGACGGCGCCAACGACUCGGGGUUCAGCGGGGCGCUGGCGGCGCUGUGCGACGUGUUCGUGCAGGACGCGUUCGGGGUGGUGCACCGAGACCAGGGCAGCGUCACGGGCAUCACGGCGCACGUGUCCGAGUGCUACCCGGGUCCACUGGUGCGGCGUGAGCUCACAGAGCUGGCGCACCGCCUGUUCGAGCCGGUCAGGCCACUGGGUGUGGUGCUGGGCGGCGCCAAGGUGGCAGACAAGAUAGGGGUGGUGGCGGCGCUGGUGGAGAUGGCGGACGUGGUGGCGGUGGGCGGGCGCAUGGCGUUCACGCUGCUGGCGGCACGUGGCGUGUCAGUGGGCUCCACACAGAUCGAGCCCGACUGGCUGGAGCCCUGCCGCGCCAUGAUGGCCCGCGCCGGCCAGCGCGGCACCCAGCUGCUGCUGCCCGGCGACGUACUGUGGUCGUCCAGCCUGGCGGCGCCCGUGGACACGGGAGUGCAGGUGCUCACACUGGACUGCUGCACAGAGGAGAGCCCCUGCAUCCCCGCGGGGCGCUAUGGAGUGGACAUCGGGCCCGAGACCAGCGCGGCCUUCGGUGCGGCGCUGCAGCGCUGCAAGACCAUCUUCUGGAACGGACCCAUGGGCAAGUUCGAGGUGCCGGAGUUUGCCCAGGGCACGGUGGCGGUGGCUCAGGCCAUGAAUGAAGCCAGCCGCAACCAUGGAGCCAUUACCAUCAUCGGAGGCGGCGACUCGGUGGCUGCCGUAACGGCUGCGGGCUUGGAUGGAGCCAUCACCCACAUCUCCACAGGUGGCGGAGCGUCCCUGGAGUUGAUCGAGGGCAAGGGUAUGCCUGGUCUCCGGGCGCUGCUGCGGGGGCGCACCGUGUCUGCGUCAGCACCCGCGCCGGCGCCCGCCCCUGCUCCGGCGCCAACGCCUGUGCCGGUUCCGCAGCAGACGGCUGCGGCGGCGCCGGCCUGCUGCGCUGCUAAGAAGUGCUGCACGUAACUGAAACACUGAGCUGGCGCUUGGGGUGGUCACGGACACUGGCAGCAUGAAGGCAUGCGUAUAGUACGGCAAUGUAAUAAGAAGCGGGAAUGGAGGUUCGGCGGUUGCUUCCAUUGACGGCGUGGAUGCAGAGCGCCAGGUUUCAUUUUGCACGUUGGCGACGGGAUCUAACAGUCCCCUCGGUGCAUAUUUCCCUGUGCGACCAAGGAGCUUGCAAGUGGUUAAGAAGAUGUGCGGCGCAUAUUGCGUCUUUUGGUGCCUGCAUGCUCGGAAGCGUGUGUUUGCAUGAGUUGUUGUACGAUGGGCGUAUCGAGGCACAGUUCACGAUGCGCUACAAUUCAUCAUGGACAAACGGGCGGGGACAAACGGGCGGCUAAUGUUGUGCCCUCAGCUUUGAGGGCUUUGCUUACGUGACCGUAACUUUCGUACGUUGCCACGGGUAUCCUCGAAUGGUCAAUGUACAAUGGUACAUGCAGGUUUCUCUCAUUCUCUGUCGAACGCGUCUGCUGGCUAUUGCUGCCUCUUGCACGUGGCGACUGGCACGGAUCACGCCAUCGGCGCGGUCGGUCGGACGGUCGGUCAGCAGUAGAUAGCAGCAGCAGCAGGACACAGCCUUGCAGGCAGCAGCGCUGGGCGUGCACACGCGCCGGUGAUUGGUGUUUCGUGAGGGUGACACCGUGGGGUGACUUAAAUACAUCCUAAAGGGCAAGCCGCAACAGUGUGCAGCAUUGCAACGUGGCACGGGGCGAUGGGACGAUGGGUCCGGGGUGUAUGCAAGUACGCAACGGAGU